GGAAACUUUACUCUCAAGCAGAACUGACAGGAAGGUACAAGGACUGAAGGACUGCAAAUUUCUGUAGGACAUACCUGCCUCUGGAUUCACUACUGAAUUGCAAAUCUCUAACUGCCUGGGGGAGCUUAGUUCAGACUUUUUGGACAUACCUCAUCCCGAUGGCAAAUGAGAGACUGGUUCAGCCUCUGGGUGUCAGACUGCUGCUUUGAUCUCCAUGAACUACAGGGAAGUGUGUUUGCCUGCAAAGCACAUCCAGCUCUGACUCGGAUGCAGCUGAUGGAGUUGUGGAGGCUACCUGUCUUCUGCUGCUCUGCUGCUGAUCCAUCAUCUCAGUUGCCAUAGAGACAAGAUCUGGGAGCCAUGGAUGAGCAUGGGAGAGAAGCCACCCACAGGCUCUCCGCUGGUGGGCUCUGGCAGGGCCUUUCUCAGCAGGUACUGAGAGAGUCGGGGUCGGUCUCUGAGGGUGAGGAGGAGUCAGCAGGUGCUGACCCAGUGGCGCUCGAGGGGGACUUGCCAACACAUUACAUUGCCAUCCAAAGAAAUUCCAAGUACUACCGAUCCAUGAGGCUGCCGAACAGAGGGAAAAGAAAGACUUCGAGAGAGGCAGUGCACAUGGGGCGUGUCACAGGUUCACUCAAAAACAAUGAGCCUGUCAAAGAGCCUCUGAAUAUUUUAUCUCAUAAGGAAUCACCAUCUCCAGCAAACUCUGAUAAGACAACGUUAGACGAACUAUGGAUCCAAAGGCUGCUGCCUUCCUACCCCCGUUACCGUGGCAACCGCCCGGGCUCCCCCAGCCCCGCAACGCCGCCGCCGCCGCCGGAGCUGCUGGGCAGCCGCCUGCCGCCGCCGGCCAUGGAGCUGCUGGCCGCGGCCCUGAGCGCCGCCUGCGCCCUCGACCAGGACGGCUCGGCGGGACAGCCCGGCAGGAACCCCCCCGCCGCCGCUGAGGAGACCCCCGCCGGCACCGCCGAGCCGCCGCCCGCACACCCCAUGACGGCCGACUCGUGGAGGAACCUCAUCGAGCACAUCGGGCUCUUGUACCAGGAAUAUCGAGAUAAGUCUACACGCGAGGAGAUUGAAACCAGGCGACUGCAGGAUUCACAGACAGACCCUGAGGAGACUUCACCCAGCGAGGAAACUCCGUCUGAAGCAGAGCCUACAAGUACAACCGAAAACAAAGCUCCACCACAAAUCAGUUUGCUGAGGAAUUCCAACUCCAGGUUCAACUUAUGGCAAGAUCUUCCCGAGAUCCGGAGCAGCGGCGUCCUCAGCAUCCUCCAGCCAGAUGAGAUCAAGCUGCAGGAGGCCAUGUUUGAGCUGGUGACUUCUGAAGCCUCAUAUUACAAGAGUCUGAAUCUGCUGGUGUCUCACUUCAUGGAGAAUGAACGCCUGAAGAAGAUCUUACACCCGUCCGAGGCACACAUCCUUUUCUCCAACGUCCUGGACGUGAUGGCUGUCAGCGAGCGCUUCCUGUUGGACCUGGAGCAGCGGGUGGAGGAGAACAUCGUGAUCUCGGACGUGUGCGACAUCGUCUACCAGCACACGGUCAAUCACUUCUCCGUGUACAUCACCUACGUGUCCAACCAGACCUACCAGGAGAGAGCUUACAAGCAGCUUCUCCAGGACAAACCAGCUUUCCGGGAAGUGAUCUCACAGCUGGAGCAGGAUCCCAAGUGCAAAGGCCUGUCCUUUUCUUCCUUCCUGAUUCUGCCAUUUCAAAGAAUCACUCGGCUCAAGCUGCUGGUGCAGAACAUUUUGAAGAAAGUGGAAGAGAAAUCUGACAGGGAAUCUACAGCCCUGGAUGCACAUAAAGAAUUGGAAACAGUGGUGAAAGCCUGUAAUGAAGGUGUCCGGAAGAUGAGCCGAACAGAGCAGAUGAUCAGCAUCCAGAAGAAGCUGGAAUUCAAGAUCAAGUCUGUGCCCAUCAUCUCCCACUCCCGCUGGCUGCUGAAGCAGGGGGAACUGCAGCAAAUGAAUGGUCCAAAGACAUCACGAACACUUCGCACCAAGAAACUCUUCAGAGAAAUCUACCUGUUCUUGUUCAAUGAUCUGCUGGUGAUUUGCCGGCAAAUUCCUGGGGACAAGUACCAGGUGUUUGACUCUGCUCCCCGAGGGCUUCUUCGGGUAGAGGAGUUGGAAGAUCAGGGGCAGAGUUUGGCCAACGUCUUCAUCUUGAGGCUGCUGGAGAAUGCAGAUGACCGGGAGGCCAGCUACAUGCUGAAGGCAUCGUCCCAGAGUGAAAUGAAGCGCUGGAUGAUUUCACUGGCCCCAAACCGGAGAACCAAGUUUGUUUCAUUUACAUCCAGACUUGUUGACUGCCCACAGAUCCAGUGUGUCCACCCGUAUGUGGCCCAGCAGCCCGAUGAGCUGUCCCUGGAACUGGCUGAUGUCCUCAACAUCCUGGACAAGACAGACGAUGGCUGGAUAUUUGGGGAGCGUCUUCACGACCAGGAGAGGGGCUGGUUCCCCAGUUCUAUUGGGGAAGAGAUCCUGAACCCCAAAAUCCGAGCCCAGAACCUGAAGGAGUGUUUCCGGGUGCACAAGUCAGAUGACAGUCAGAGAAGGAAACUGGGCAGCAGAAAUCGCCAGUGACUGGCAGCAUUCCCGAGCAUCUGGAGUGCCUCCGGGAGAGGGGCAGGAGACAGAGGCUGCCAGCUGGGAAGAGGUGGCAGCUGUGGGACAUGGUGGAGGACCUGCUGCACUGGACAAGGCACAAACACCCGUGAACAACCUGACUGUCGUUCCUGGCCCCCUCCAGCACUGAUCCUUUCCUAGAGAUCAGUGCUCUAAACUGUAAAAUAACCCUUUUCCAGGUGUUCUGUAAAGUCCCAAAGAGCAUGAGCCCCAUGGACACUGCCCAAAGGCCAGCUAAGCCCCAUUUGUUGCACAUGUGCUGGCUGGGGCUGGCUCAGACCAUUUGGGAAAGGCACAUGGCCACCAACAUCACUGAGCAAUUAACACCGCCCAGUGUGAGCACUCAGCUCAUUGCUCCCUUCCGAGUCUGGGGUGCUCUGGACACAGCCUCCCUCAGGGGUAGGAACUGCAGCCAAGGAGCUGUCUCGCUGCCUCUCAGAGCCUGUUGGCAACAAGCUGGGACAAGCUCCAGGACCUCCACUUCCCCUCCUACUGAGAAGCUGCUGGGCCUAUUCCUACAGGCAGACCCUCAAUCUGCUUCCACACCCAGCCCUGCUCCACCAGCAGCCCAGCCUCGCCAGCCCCACCCUACAUCUCUCCCUGCCCGAUGGCCUGGAAGCACGCCUGGGCCCUGCCCCGAGGCUCAUUGCCCAGCCCACCUCCCUCUGCAGGGUCACCGCAGAAGCCCCCCCACCGUGGCCUUUCCCAGUGACCUGGCACUCGUGGGCUUUGCUGCUCCCUGCAAGGCCAGCGCAGGGCGGCCGUGCCAGCGCCUCCCUGCACAGCACCGCAGCCCAGGGGAGCACAGCAUGCUGGGCUGCCCUGCAGCAGGGACUGCCCUGACCUGGGAGCUGCUGUCCCACGAGCUGUGGGAGGCCCAGCCAUCGCUGCCUGCAUGCUUGUAACCCCCAGCCCCACUGUACAGGCCCCCCUCCAUGUACACACCCAAACCCUGCCCCAGCACAGCCAUCCCUCCUGCCAGCUGUGGCACUGAGCACCGCAUGAAGCCCAGGGCACAGCACUGAGAGGAGCUGGGGCACAGGACAGACCCACAGCCCCUGCCUGCUGUUCAGCUCCCACACACGGCUGCAGUCGAGGGCCUUGGAGCUGCAGGCUGGUCCUGAGCUGUGGCCAGCAUCCACCAGGAAAAUCAAGUAUUUGGGACUGUUCUGGAACUCUGCAAAGGACUGUCUUCCAGGCACUGCGGCCUGUGCUGGUGGAUGCUCUGGCAGUGCCACAGUUGUGCUUGGGGAGGGGAUGGAGAGCAGCUGCCUGCCCAUGGAACCACACACCAGCCACCUGCACGGAGGGGAGAGGGACCACCGUGCCAGCAGCAGCAUGAGGAAGAAACAGGACGCUGGGAAGCUGCUGAAGGGAGGAUCCUGAGCUGGUCUUUGAACCAUAUGGGGCCCAGAUUACACAUGGGGUGUGCAGCAUGAGGCCAGACACAGCUGAGGGGGGGCCAGGGCUGUCCUUGGGGCUGCCUCUACUGUCACCACAGCCCUGAUACAGCCAGCUCAGAGCCAGUCCCAGGACCGAAGUGGUGGGAGCCACAGCAGUGAAGAGGGAGAGAAGGCAUUGGCUGCUCAGGUCCAGCUCAGUGCCACCACCUUAGCAUGUGACCACAGCCAGCAGGGUUGUGCUGCCCCAGCCACCUGUGGCACCCCUGGCAGAGGGCCCCUGGGCAGCUCACACCAGCCAGAGGCUCCAGGUCACCAUCCAGUGCCCAGCCCAGAGCUGGGGGCGGGAAGGACCUGCAGCCUCUAGUCUGGAACAGGGGGCUGAUUUGAUGGGGACACCCCAAGCCAGGCUCCCCAUCAGCACCCCACAGUCAGUCUUCUGAGACAACCAAACCUCCAGCUCAGGGUCUAGACCUUGCAGCAGCCACAAAUUUACUAGUGCAAACCCCCAGGGAGUUCCAGCUCGAGGAAGCUGUUAAAAGUACCUGAGAAGUCAGCACAGUGCAGAUCCUCCAGCUUUGCAGCCCAGCAGCCAGGCCAGCCUAGGCACGGUAGCCCAACAUGCCCACCUGGGGUGUUUCUCACAGGACACAAAAGCUGGAUUACCCAUUGAUGAGAAGCAGCUGUUUCACUAGUUCCCCAGUGCCAGGACAGCAGGCCCUCACUGGAUUUCUCCAGGGAGUGGGGCUGCUGUGCCCUGUCCCACCGCCAAGCCCUGGAACUGCUCCAGCCCCUCCUGCUCUGUUGUGACUCCAGGACUCCAGCCCCCGGACACAGGCUGUGCCGUUUUCAGGCACCAAGUGGCAUCCAGUGUUACUUCCUCAGCCCCAGCCCUGCACGCCCCCGUUUCAGUGGUCUCCAGUGUUGUCCAGGGCCGGGCCUGCGGCCCACAAGCAGGGGCUGGAGCCCCCUGGCCCCUGCCAGGCUGCCUCAGCGAACUGAGGGGAACUUCUUGUUGUCUCGUUUUACUGUGUGAUGAAAUGUAGCUGAGCAAGCCAGCGCCAAAA